UUGUAUUCGUGCUGCCACCUGUUGUCUGAUGUCAUCAAACUUAGAGGUGACUCUUUGAUUUACCUUUGCUUGUAAUUAAUUGGUUUAAUUGUGUAAUUAACUGAUUGUUUUGGUUAAUUAAAUUGCGUCAAAAUGUUCCAUCGAUUGGCCUUCACCUCUGGCUCAGCUUUGGCUAAGAUUGCCAAGUCCGGAUUAAGUCAACAACAAUUAUGCUGCAAUUCACGUCAAUUAACUACCAAAACCUUGGCUCUUGUUGGUAAUGAAUUGAAAGAGGUUGAAAUCGAAACUGAGAUUAGACCAGUUAAAUCUCAUCUAACACCAAGUACUCAGGAGAAAAUUUACCCAACUGUUAAUGAUGCUUAUGCAGACAUACCUGUUAUAAUUGAUGGUAAAGAGAUCAGAGUAGACCGUAAUGACUGUGAACCACCUUAUCCUCUCAUUCCCAAUCUUGUUGCACCCAAUGCAAAGGUUGGUGAAAAUGUUAAAGAGAUUCCAAGAGGUGUUAGUAUGGCUGAAAUUUUGAACGUGAAUUUUGCUGAGAAUAUGCCAACUAUUGAUGAUGACAAUAAUCCUCAGAGAGACUUGAAAAAUUUUCCAUCAGCUCAUAAGGUCAUACAAAUUGAGGCUCCUAAAUACCGAAUGUUUUUCAUACCCGAAUGGUGGUUUGAACCCUUUUACAAUAAAACCGGUGUCACUGGUCCCUAUUUCGCCGUUACUGGUAUCAUGUUAGCAUCUCUAUCAAAGGAAUGGCUUGUUAUGGACCACUCAGUACCUUCGGGUAUCAUUUUCUGGAUUCUUCUCUUCCAAGGAUUGCAAAAGUUUGGCCCAUCUCUUAAAGAUCAAAUUCAAGGCGCUGCCGUGAAAAACAUUAUGGGCUGGAGAGAUUGGCAACAUGGAUCAAUCAAAUUCCUCAACAAUGUUAUUGAAUUUAACAACAAUGAAAUCCAAGCAAGCAAAGAUCCAAGCGUUUUAUUCAACGUUUACCGGGAGAACGCUCAUCUUCAACGGGAAGCCGAAUACCGAAAACGAGCCAUGUUACUUUACAAGGAAGCUAAACGAAAAUUGGACCUACAAUCGGCCUUGGAUGAGGGUAAACGAUCAUUUGCUAGACGAAACAUGGUAACUUGGAUUCUUGAUAAUGUCAACAAAAGUAUCACCCCAGAUAGAGAGAAAUCUUACCUUGAUCAAUGUGUUGUUGAUUUGAAAAAUUUAUCAGUUAAAAGAGCAAAUUUCAUCUAAAUAAGGAUCUUUAUCCAAGAUUGAAUAAUAAUCUAAACUGAAUCAACAUCAAAAUGCCAAUUUUUCUCGCGUUUUAAUUUGUAAAAUAUAAUAUAACUAUGAUUAAGAAGAUAGAAGGUUAUUAAUGAAAAGAUCAAAAUUGACCAUCAACUAAUUGAUCUUUAAUCUGAUCCUGUGAGUCCCUGUUGCUCCUCAGUCAAUUCUUGAAGAUUAAAAAAAACAAUAUUAAAAUUUUA